UGUGGACGCGGGUCUUUGCAGUUGUUACAAACCUCAAGAAAGGAUAUUGACCUUUGGCUUUUGUUUUAAUGAUGCCUCCCCUAUUAUAUCUGCUAAUUUACUGGGUUUAAUAUGAUUACCAUUUUCUUCAAGGGAAAUAUUCUACUAUUAUUUUCGCUCAUUAAAGUUUGUGCUAAAUAUGUCGCCUUCAAACACUUGUAUAAAUGAAGACGUGUGGACAGUUGUACGGUUUGCAACGUUCACGAGACUACUUUCCCUUGUUUUACAGGCUGUGCUGAAUGCAGUGAUUCCCGACCAUGUGGCAGAUGCCUUCAGCCCUCCACGAACAGAGACCCCUCUCCUGCUAGACCCCAUCAUCGAAGCAUUAUUUGGUGGCCUUAGUCACUGGGAUGCAGAGCAUUUCCUCUUCAUUGCAGAACAUGGCUACUUGUAUGAACACAACUUUGCAUUCUUUCCAUUGUUUCCUGUCAUCCUGCGAUUCCUGGCAGCCACUGUCCUGUGGCCCUUGCUUGGAUUCCUCACAUUGCAUGGCCGUUUACUUUUAGCUGUGGCUAUAGGGAAUAGCAUUCUCUUUGUCCUAAGUGCUGUAGCACUAUACCGACUUAGUCAUUUGGUGCUGCAAGACCGAAAACUUGCCCUUGUUGCAGUCUUAAUGUACUGUCUGACACCAGCUAAUGUUUUUAUGAUUGCAGGCUAUUCAGAGACUCUCUUUGCAGCACUUACCUUUGCAGGUCUCUGGAUACUAGAGACAAGAUUCACAAUUGGAGCUUGUCUACUGUUUGGGUUUGCUACUGGUGCUCGUGCCAAUGGACUUGUGAAUGCUGGAUUUUUGCUGUACCUCAAGGAGCAGGGGGCUUUCAGUAUCAUCACUAUGUCUGGGAACUUAUUCGUUUUGUUCUCACUGGAGCAUUUUAUGCAGCUCUUGGCACUACCUUUUUGUUUGUUUCAGUUCUAUGGCUACCAAACAUUUUGUCAUCCAACUGCAACUCAAGUUCCUCCUGUGCUGCUUAAUCUGGCCCGGGACAAAGGAUACCGAGUGGCUGAUGCAGCAUCUCCAACACCAGAAUGGUGCCAAUGGCAAAUUCCAGUUUUGUAUUCGUACAUACAGGAUGUUUAUUGGGAUGUGGGCUUCCUGCAAUACUUUCAGUGGAAGCAGACACCCAACUUUAUCUUGGCGCUGCCUGUUGCAACUCUAGGAUUCAUAGCCUCAUAUAUAUAUGUAAUGGCUAACCCAGUGUUUUGUAUGUAUUUGGGGUUGGGAGACAGAGGAAAAGACCGAAAAAUUUAUGGUUUCUGUAACCCAAGAGUGUUUGUUUACAUCGUGCACAGUUCUGUCCUGCUUCUUUUUGGAAUAUUCUGCAUGCAUGUGCAGGUGUUGACACGCUUUCUUGCUUCCUCCUCGCCUGUUCUCUACUGGAUCAGUGCCCACCUGCUAUUUCAGUAUGAACCUCUGCUGCAAGAUGAAAAGCUGUUAAGAUCAGACCAAAUACAACAUCAAAAGGAUCACAAACCUGGCUUUGGCUUUGUUAGCAUGUGGAGAAUUAAUGAAGUUGUUUACCUCUUGAUGCACUGGCAGACUUGCUCCAUUUAUACACGAUGCAUACUGGGGUAUUUCAUAUCAUAUUGGUUUUUAGGUCUGGCUCUGCAUUGUAAUUUCCUUCCCUGGACGUAAUAAUUUUGUGGGUUUACUUAUUUCAGUCUUCAUAAUAUUCAUGUUGCA